AUGAAUUUUGUCAGAAGAGGCAUUUGUGGUUACAAGUUUGUAGAGCCUCAGUUGAAGACUUUGAGAGAAUUGGGGACUCGUCUGGUUUUUGAUAAAAAAGAAGACUUCAAGAACUACGGUAAUCUCUUAGGUAUCCUCAACAUAGAAGUUAAUACAACGGUCGUCCAUACUCUUUUGCAGUUCUAUGAUCCUCCAAUGAGGUGUUUUACUUUCCAAGACUAUCAGUUAGCUCCAACUUUGGAGAAAUAUUCACACAUCUUGGGGGUUGAAAUUCAGGAUCAGGUUUCUUUUGUCAAUACAAAGGAGUUUCCCAAGUCUCAUCAUAUAGCUGAAGUCCUCUAUUUGGAGAAGAAAGAAGUGGAACUCAACCUCAAACUCAAGGGUGAAACUCAUGGUUUUAGUCUAAAUUUUAUGGUAGACAAGGUCACUACCUUUACUGAUGCUGGAAGUUGGGAUGCUUUCAAUUCUAUUCUUUCUUUGCUUAUAAAUGGGAUUAUGUUUCUCCCAAACAUGAAAGAUUUUAUAGAUUUGGCCUCUAUUCACAUCUUUAUGACCAAGAAUCUUGUCCCUACUCUUUUGGCUAAUACUUAUUAUUUCAUUCAUGUGAUGAAUCAGAAGAAGAAGGGAACCAUUGUGUGUUAUGUUCCUAUGUUGUACACAUGGUUCAUGUCCCAUCUACCCAGCAAGGGUCCUUUCGUUGAAAAUAAAGGCAGUUGUAAAUGGUCUCAGAGGAUCAUGUCUCUGACUACUGAAGAUAUCUUGUGGUACUCUUGA